CAGUAAGGUGCACCCUAAAAAUCAAGAUUACUAUUUGUAUGUGGAAUCAUAUAACCAUAAAAUUUUACCGUGUAAUUGUUAACUGGGACAGAUGCUAAGCAGAAAUCACCCUCAUAGCCUUAAGAAUUUCCCGUUUCCUCUGGAUCGACCAUGUCUGAACCCCAGCCAUCCUUCCUGCUGAACACAGGGACACGAAUGCCCCUGCUGGGUUUGGGCACCUUCCAGCUGCGUGGCUCAAAGGAAGUCCACCAGGCUGUGGAUGUGGCACUGGCUGCAGGGUAUCGCGCCUUCGACACAGCGGCAGUGUACAGAAACGAGGCUGAUCUUGGCUGCGCCUUGCGUGAGCUGCUACCCAAACAUGGCCUGACCCGCAAAGACAUCUUUCUCACCAGCAAGCUGGGGCCCCGGGACCAGGGUUCUGCAGCCAGGGAAGGCUGUCUGCGCAGUCUCGAGCAGCUUGGCUGCGAGUACAUUGAUCUGUAUCUGAUCCAUUGGCCAGGGACUCAGGGCCUGGAUGCUGGGGACCCGCGCAACAUAGAGAACCGAGCCCAGAGCUGGGCGGCGCUUGAGGAGCUCCAUGCUAGCGGGAACUUUCGUGCCAUUGGGGUUUCCAACUACACCACAGCACAUCUUCGAGACCUGCUGCAGAUGUGCAGGGUUCCCCCUGCUGUCCUCCAGGUGGAGUUCCAUCCCAAGCUGGCUCAGGUGGAGCUCAGGGAGCUUUGCAGGAGUAUGGAUGUGUGCUUCCAGGCCUACUCAUCCCUAGGGACAGGGGUACUCUUGAAGGAGCCCGCGGUACUUGCUGUGGCCGCUGAGUGCGGACGCACGCCCGCACAGGUGCUGCUCAGGUGGGCUGUGGAGCAAGGCGUGCCCGUGCUGCCCAAGUCCUCGUGCCCCGAGAGGCUGAAGGAGAAUGCGCAAAUUUUCGACUUCCAGUUGAGUGAGGAGGACAUGAGCAGGCUGUCCGCCCUUGACUGUGGCGAGAAGUACUGCUGGGAUCCCUCAGCUGUUGUUUAGCGAUGCACCGUCCCCCCCAGUCAAGCCUGUGUCUAGGGCUCGGUUCUCCACUGUGCUCUCGACUCCCCCAACAAACCUUCUCUUUUGAGAAUGUCUAAAAAUCUCAUUCAGUUUAGGAGAAUAUUGCUGUAAACAGGGAUAUUGGCCUUGAGUGAGCAAAGGAAUUGACACAUCGAGAUACAAAGACUGGAGCACCAUUCUUCUAAAGUCCAUCAUUCAGAGGUUUGCUCAUCCUUUUGGCUCAUCCUUGAUAGUUGUCUCAGAAAUCCACUUUUAACAGUACUUGUCUUGUUUCGCCAUAGCUUUUAUAACCAUGUAACAAAAAUACAUUUUUUAAC